AUGCCUUCGAAAGACUCUCGAAAUAUCUAUAGAUCAUGUUUUCUACUCGCUUUACUAAGCGAGUCGCUACCAGCCUCAGCUGAGCAGAUCUGGCAAAGUAAGCCUUGGAUUCGAAAGUAUCCAUGCAGUCGUGGAUAUCAAGGCAUAGGUUCCAUCGAGAUCAAUCCUUUUUGGAUCGACAGUUUUCGAGGGUCAUGGAAUAUCGAUGCAGAGAAAAGCUCAGCGACCUUGGAGUUAGACAUCCUCGCAGUCCAUAAUGCGUCGCUGAUGAGUUGUGAAGACAUUGAUGUUCCUUCACUGAGAAACUCGAUUGACUUUCAAGUCCUUGGCCGCUUAGUUGGGAAGUUGGAGAAUUUCUCAAGUAACUGUCCUUUACCUAUCACAGAUACUUUGACACCGAUUGGACAGACGCGUCUGAGCUCCUAUCAUCUGCUUUACAGCUUUCAAAGCACACAUCAAUUUCAAACUCUGGAAUCAACGUUCCGCUUCAGACAAGCCGAUGGCCAAGAAUUGGAUUGCGGGAGAGCGAAAAUCACCCCGGACUUAGGCGACAGCAUAUCAGCAGUUUUGACAUUCGUGCCACUUGCCAUUCUGAUCGUCGUCACUCUCUCAUCAUGGCGAGUAAACCAGAGCAGUCUCACCUAUGCCCAUGGCCUCAAUGCUAGCUCAUUGUGGUCAGUCGUUCUGGACGUGACGAGCUACCUUCGCUACCUGCAAUUCGCUUUCAUAGCGGCAUUGAUGAGCAUUGAAUAUCCCGGCUUCUUUGUCCCUGCAGUGAGCAAGCUCUCCUGGGCUUCUUUACUAUACUGGUCAGGUCCAUUCAGCAACGGAUACAUGUAUGAGGGGCCGACAGGUGGUAUGUACGCUAGCAAUGCUUCUUAUGGGCUUGGUUUCAUGACGCAGAUGCUUCGAUACCCCAAUAUGCUCAAUACCUUGGCGAACUCCCUGAUCAACCUGAUCAUUUUGACUUCACCGAUAUUCUUUCUCUUAUUAAUCUCAUUCUGGACCUUCUCCCGUUCGAGUUCGGUGCAUUCCCUCCCUUUUCUUUCGAUUUUGCAGAAGGCUGCCUGGACAACUAUUGGCGUUGCACUAUGCUUCUUUAGUAUGCCGUUACUUUCAUACAUCUCGUAUGAUCUUAUCCUUAUUGGAUACCUCCCAAAUUAUCGCAUUGGCUUAGCUGUCGUAAUGCUACUCAUAAUCCUCGGAGCCGGUCACUUUCUCGUCCAAGUGCUGGAUGACCAAGCAGGUGACCAACUGAAACCACCGCGAGCCAGCCGAUUGGAAACAAGUAACCCCAAUGUGAAUUUCCAUACACUAUGGCGGCUACUUUCUCGUCAUAUUCCACAUACAAUGCCGCUUUUACAAGCCAUUGGUGUUGGCGGCCUUCAAGACUUUCCUCUUGCCCAGCUCUUCAUGUUGAUUGCUUGCGAAAUCUUCAUCAGUAUUUCGCACUUAAAUUCAAAACGAAGCAGGCUGUUAAAAACACCAACAACAAUAUACAUAUCGACAAUGCGAUUGAUUCUUUUAUUCCUCACUAGCAUAUUUGCUAUGCCCAUUACCGAAGGCACGAGACAAUGGAUCGGAUAUGUGGUAUUGAUUUUGCAUGGACUUGUCAUACUUGCUGGAUUCUUCAUCAAGCAUGCAUGGAAGUUAUACGAGACUGUAUUUACAGGCGAGGCUAUCGACCGGGAUUCCUCAAGCCACACUACUGGUGGAGAUUCUAAUCUGGUUCCUUCUAUCCAUAUGGAUUCUUUAGACACACAUUCAACCGCAGAUCUCCUUGAGUAUCGUCAGGCCCCAAGCAGAGAAACCUCAACAAGAGAUUUCCAACCAGAUCCAUCGACAUUUUACAGACCACCGAGGUCUGGGGCAACAAGCUCUGCUUAUCACGCACCUCGACCAGCCGCUGUUUUAACUAAUCCAAGAUCACCAUCAACUGACAACAGCAGUCCUAGCAUAGGACAUUUUAGCAUAGAUCUGGCCCUAUCAGAGGUAGCAUUUCAGCCAGGCAUCGACUACUCGUUUCGCGAGUCUGACAGGUUCUAUGGAAUUGAUGAGGAAAGGGUGUUCGUCUCGUCAACGUCAAUUCCAAACGUGGACACAAAUCCAGGGCCUUCGUCAGGAAUGAGGCAUGAUGAAACGGAUAGGAGUCAAUUGAAGAAUAAACUGAUGGCUGGGCUUACAAACGCGUUUACGAAGCCCAGGCCAAAAGCACACGAGAAAGGAUUUCAGGUCAAGAGACCACCGAGGCCUCCUUGAUCGACAUCGAACAUGUGAAUCCUAGUUUCUAUGCUUAGUAAAUAACAUAUAUGGCUGAAAUCGUCGAGCAAUAAUGCUCUUACUGCUAUGACAUCUAGAUAUGGUUUUACAGUUCUAACUCAUACUAUUUCAAACUGGAA